CCCCGCCCCGAGCCGUUGGCGUCAACGUCUGCCGGAAGCGCCCCCGUCACGUGUAAGUUAGUUGCCGCCGAGGUCCCAGACGUGUAGCAAUGGCUGCUAUUUAUUCUGGCAUUUCCUUUAAACUUAAAAGCAAGACAACGUCCUGGGAAGAUAAACUAAAACUAGCUCACUUUGCUUGGAUUUCCCAUCAGUGCUUUCUACCAAAUAAAGAACAAGUUUUACUUGAUUGGGCAAGACAGUCAUUGGUUGCGUUUUAUAAGAAAAAACUUGAACUGCAGGAAGAUAUUGUUGAAAGGCUCUGGGUCUAUGUAGAUAACAUUCUACACAGCAGAAAACUGCAGAAUCUCCUGAAGAAUGGGAAGACGGUAAAUCUCCAGAUUUCCCUUGUCAAGAUCAUAAAUGAGAGAAUAUCAGAGUUCUCACUUUCAGGAUCCCAGAGGAAUAUCUGUGCCAUCCUGAGUUGCUGCCAGGGCAUCCUCUCAGCACCUGCCCUUGCUGUCAUCUAUACAGCCAAACCAGAGCUGAUUGUGGCCUUGCUCAGCCAGCUCUGCUGGUCAGCCUGCAGACAGCCAGAGGGAGCCACGAUAGCCAAGCUGUUUGAGGUCAUCCAUCUGGCCCUGGACCAUUACCUCAGACUUCAGCAUCAGCAAGCCAAUCCCAGGCGUGUCUUUGGGGAUAUGACCAGCUACCUCCUCCAGCCCUGCCUAGUCCUGAGACACUUGCUUUUGGGGGGCACAUGGACGCAGGCUGGUCAGGGCCAGCUACAGCAGACACUGAGCCGAGAUAUCAGGAGUAAGAUUGACACUGUGCUUCAAGGCGGUAUUUUUCGAAAUGAUUUACUCUCGUCCUAUAAAGAGGAGCUCUUGGAACAGCACCAAGGGAACGUGAAGAUAGGGGUUCUGAAGAGUCUUGUCACUCCAAUGGAAACAGUGACUGCAAGGCUGGUGGAGCCUGGCUAUGUCAAGUCAGACCUCCGUACAUUGGUUGUGGCCAGCUCAGUGUCCUUGUUGUAUAGACUCUUUCUAGAUUCAUACCUUAAGGAAGAAAACCAGUUUCUCUGUUUUCAGGCUCUCCCCAGGCUGUUUGACUGCUUGCAGAUGUCACACCUGCAGGAGGGGCAGAUGGAAGCCCCAUCCCUAUCAGAUUGGACCACAGAGCUUCUAGCUGUAGAACAACUGCUCAACUCCGUGGCCACCGCCAACAUCUACAAUGUGGCUGCUGACAGGAUCCGGCAUGGGGAGACACAGUUCCACUUCUACCGCCGUGUGGCUGAGCUGCUGAUGAACCAUUCACAAGCACCCGUGCCAGCUUGGUUUCGCUGCCUCAAGAUUUUGAUGUCUCUGAAUCAUUUGAUUUUAGAGCCAGACCUGGAUGACCUCUUGUCUUCAGCUUGGAUUGAUGCAGAAGUAACAGAAUUUCGGGCCAAAAAAGCCCAGGAAGUGCUUAUUAACACUGUCUUCCAGACAUAUGCCAAGCUCCGACAGGUGCCACAGCUGUUUGAGGAGGUUUUGGGAGUGAUCUGCCGUCCAGCUGCUGAGGCACUUCGGGAGCCUUUGCUUGCCUCAGGCCCCUCUUCCGCGCUCUGUGCAUGCCUCUUGGAGCUGCCACUGGGUCAGAUCCUGGAUACGUGGUCCCUUGUACUAGAUAAGUUCCAGUCUUUAGUCAUGCCCUGUCUGCAGAGUGACCCUGACACGGCUCUGAAGGCACUGUCCCUGAGCUCUCUGCUACACUGCAUCAUGGUCAACAUGCGCAGUCUAGACGAUAGCAUGCCUCUGCCCGUCGUCAGACGGACACAGUGCGUAAUGGGGAAGAUGCUGAAGGAGCUUGUGAAGCCCCUUUUGGGCCUUCUCCUGGACCUUUGGAGCUCAGAGCCUGAGCUGUGGCAGCAGAAGGUGAGUGACUCUGCACUCUUACUGUCUUUCACCUGGGCUCAGGUGGACACCACCCUCAGCUUACACUGCAGGCAGUACUGUUCUCUGGCUGGGCCCAUAGCUGGGGCUGCUCUGGAUGUCUCAGACCUCCCUUUGCUGCUACCAGGUGUGGAAACACAGCUUUGGAAGAAGGUGGAACAGUGUGUAGACCGGUCCAGAUCUCUCAGUAGGUUCUGCCUUGAGCAGCUGUACCUUCAGAGAGUGAAAAGGACUUUAAUGCAGACUAGAUCGCAGUCUAAAGAAGCCCUUCAGACCUUGAGGUGUGACGCUGCCUACAUUCUUGACUCUAGCAGAGACUGUUUAAGUCAGAAGACAGCAGCUGCUUGGGAUGGGCAGGUGUCAACAGUGGAUGAGUCCACAUAUCCUGCAGCACACUGGCAUUUGAUCGUAUCAAACCUCACAGUUUUAAUACCCUACCUUUGUUUGGAUGAUGUGAGAUACGUGGCGACUGUCCUACUAAGAACUUUACCAGCAAGUAAAGCCCAGGAAAACUUGGCACACAGUGAAGCACACAUCACGCUUGAGAAAGUAUCCACAGCCCUCCUUCACAGCCCUCUCUUUCCGGAGAUGCAGUCCCUCCAUUCUGCCUUCCUGAUGUGUAUCAUUGCAAACUGUUCUAGCAUUCUGUGCUCUGGUGCUCACAGUGAUGUGCGUCUUAUUAGUCAGCAGCUCCCCUGGCUUCUCAAAAAGGACUACCACACAGAUACGGCUUACUGGGAAACCAAACUGGCAAAAGUUGGACCUGAAGGUAUAGAAACAAGAGGAGAAAUUGCCCAGAAUUUUCUAUCCAUGGUCAAGAGUGGUUUUCCUAUCAAGUUGGACGAAGAGCAGCUCAAAGGCCUCCUGGAGCUCUUGGAAGUCAUCUCUACCCUUCGCCUGGACAGCCUCUUGCCAUCUUACCAUGUGCAUCUUUUUUUCCUGGUGUUCUCCAUGGCUGUCUCCACAGUAGGGCAUUGCUCUCGUCCACGAGCCCUCCAGUUCUUGGUGACAUGCUACCAGCUCCUCAGCGCUCUGCAGAGGGGAAGGAAUGCCCGCUCUGUGUUCAGGGUCAUGUAUGUUAGUGACGUCUUUGAGGUCGUGCUGACCUCACUGUUGCAAGCCAGUGCUGAGUGUGAGGUUAGGGAGGAUGACCCUGCCUGGCUGCAGCUCCUUCAGGUGUCAGGGGCGUUCCUGGAACAGCUAAUGCACAUGCUUAGCCAAGUAAAGCUGAGCUUGGUGCUCAAUUUUGGAAAAAUCACUGCCUUCCUCUCAAGGUAUACUAAGGGAGCUUCCAGCAAAGAAUUGAAAAUCCAGAACCUUCGGGGCAGGCAGCUGCUUCUAAUGGCUCUAACCAAGUUGUGUCAGAGUCUGGGGCCUUGUGUUAAGGAGCGGAGGCAGCUACUGGAGGCACCGGCAGCUCUACCUGAGCUGCUGCAGCAGGCCAUGCUGCAGAUGGGUAGCAUGCUGCAGCUCUGCUUAGUGCCCGGGACCACAGGCCGCCGCCUGCCUUCAGUCCUCCUCUCAGUUGUCCCCACACUUUUAGAAGUAGACCUGAGCCAGCACCUCAGGGAAGGACAGGACAGAAUUGCCCAGGUGGUGGACACAGACAGAACCCUGCUUUCUCACGCGACCCUUUACCAAGAUGUCUACGUUCAGCUGCUGGAGGAGCUGCCAGCCCUGGCGGAGACUACUCAGGCUUUCCAGGCAGCCUUGCGAUUUCUAACCUUGUUCCUUUUGGCCCCAGAGCUCCAUUCCAAGGAGAACUCUGUUUUUGUGUCCAUCUUUUAUUCUGUGCGGAAAGUUCUUACAGGUCCAAGCAUCCCUGCUCCAGUCACUCAGGACGCUGAGCCUCACCUGGGAGCCCUGCUCACCCACAUGUUUGAGGCUGGGACAACAGAGCACUUUGGGAUGGUGCUGCAGUCUGUUCUCGAGGGGCUGGACAUCUCUCAGGCGUGGAGGUCAGAGCUGCAGGUUACUUUGUGUGCCAUUAGACUACUCAGCCUACUACUAAAAUGCUCGCUCAAUAAAGAAAAGAAGAGUUUGCUGUGGCGUACAUGCCCCCAAAUAGUCACAGCUUUAAUGCUGCAGCACCGAGAGGCCUGCCAGGAGCAGCCUGUGGCCCUAGGAGUGGUUGAGUCUGUUCUUGACAUCCUGGCUGUUCUGCUGCGGAAAGGGGAGGAGACCAUCAGGAACCCUCACCAUGUCAGUCUGGCCUUUAACAUGUUGCUCACAGCCCCUCUGGAGCACCUGAAGCCGCUGGAGUUCAGCAGUGUCUUCCAGAAGAUGCACAGUGUGCUGUUCUCCAUCCUGCAGUGCCACUCUAAGGUGAUGCUGAAGGCCAUCCCAUCGUUCCUGAACUCGUUUCAUAGACUGCUGGUUUCAGUGAUGCAUGAAGGACGGCAGAGAGACAAAGGAAGCAUGGAUGACCUGCCAGUGGUCCUUGAGUGUGCACGCCUGAUGGAGAGGAUGUACAGCCACAUUGCUGCUCGAGCUGAGGAGUUCACCACAUUCUCUCCGUUUCUGGUGGCCCAGUAUGUGACAGAAGCACAGAAGGUAACCUUGUACCCAACUGUGAAGAACCUGCUUCAGGAAGGAAUUUACCUCAUCUUGGAUCUCUGCAUGGAGCGUGAUAUCCAGUUUCUACGGGCCUCACUACAGCCUGGAGCGCGGGAUGUCUUUAAGGAGCUGCACAGUGACUACCUCAAGUACCACAAGGCCAAGCACGAAGGAGAGAAAAGAUACACGGCCUAGGCCGCACCACAGAAGCACAGUGACCUGGGACAGCUUGCAGAGGUUUCAUGGUCCAGAGCCGCGGAGGAUGUAAGGCUUCUCAAGUUCUCAUGCCUGUUGUCCACAACCAUAGGAAACCCAUGCAUACAUCCACAGAGUCCCACUGUCCAUCUCUGACUGGCCUGGAACUUACAGAGAGCCACCUGCCUUCUGCCUUUGCAUGCUGGGUCUAAUGACAUGCCCACCCUGGGGAUUUUUUUGUUUGUUUGUUUGUACACAAGGUUUUCCUGUGUAGCCUUGGCUGUAUGGACUUGCUUUGUAGACCAGGCUGGCCUCAAACUCACAGCAAUCCACCUGCCUCUGCCUCCCAAGUGCUGGGAUUAAAGGCAUGCGCCACCAUGCCCAGCCUGGAUUGUAUUUUUAUAGCUUUUUUAAAAUGCUGAGUGCUUUUUAAUAUCCCACCUCCCAGUAUGAUAAGAGUUCAACCUAGGGCUUCACACACACUAGCC